CGGGCGACGACAUAAAACACCGAGUUUUCGACGAUACCGAUUCAGACGUAUCCGGGGAUCCUCCGAAGACAAACAACGAAUAGUCAGUCGGAAUAGUGCCGAGGAUUAUUUUUUUUACCAGCUACCGCGAGGGAACCGAAAAAAUGAUCGCCACCAAACUAUUCCUGUGUGUAUUUAUGGCAGCCACUUUAGCCUUGACGACUGCUGCUCCUUUCGUAGGCCUAGGUUAUAAUGUUGGCUACGGAAGCGGAUAUGGAGGCGGAUAUGGAGGUGGAUAUGGAGGUGGAUAUGGAGGUGGAUACGGAGGAUACGGUGGUUACAACCGAGGAGGUUAUGGUAACUACGGAGGCUACAGCGCAGGAAUUGGAAUAGGGUUCACAGGAGGAUACGGUGGUGGUGGCUACGGUAGUUACGGAAAUGGAUAUGGUUACAACGGUGGUUACGGAAGCGGCUACGGUUCUAACGGCGGCUACGGCUACCACAAGGGUUACGGUCACCACCAAGGUGGAUACGGUGGACACCAUGGCGGUUACGGAUACGGUUAUUAAUUAUUGCUCAUAGGUUAUCAAAAUUUGUACUCCUUGGUCGGCUCGAUAUGAUAUUCUGUUGUAGAGGAGAACAGUUGUUUUAAAAACACAGCUCGUUGUGAGUCCGUGGUAAUAAACACUGUACAUCCAUAGAAUAUUCAAACAGUUAUAGACUUUUUUUUUCCCUAAAAAGUUUUUAAUAAAUCGCAUUUUUUUUUUUUUUUUUGAAACA